AUGAUUGCAAGAAUAAUACAACGGAUGUUCCACGUGACAGAUCCCAGCUUAGAAGAUGAAGAGUUUGCUUUGGUUAACAUAGGAAUUAACGUGCCUAGUGUGCGUCCUUCGGCAAACUCCAUCGGUUUUACAUCACAGGUCAAUACGUUUUUACAGAAACGUACAUACAGAAACAUGCCACUUUCGGAAUUAUUGAACCCUAAAAGUUCAAGACCUAUCGCUUUCUUCUUCCAGAGGAACACCGCGGGAUCAUUUAGCUCCUGGGGGACAAACUCUUUCAUACUGAAUGAAAAACAGUUCUUGGAACUAGGUGGCGCCCAAACGUCAACCAUUUGUAUCAAAGAGCAAAGUAUGUACAAAGAACCACACUCUGAUGUCUCAUUAUCUACCAUACCGGCACAGUUUAAACGGGAAAACAAUCAACCUGAUACACUUAUUGCUGAUGUUUAUAAUAUUUUCUCCGAGGCUAAAGGUCAUCUGAUAAAUAAGGUUGAUGAAACUUUGGAACAGACUGUCUCACAAAGGGUCCCGGGUCCAAGUGCCUCAUAUGCAAAUACCUUGAAAAAGACUGUGAACGUGAUUGUUACGCCAAAAAACAAUGAUCAGUCUCAUUCUGCUACGAGGCUUAGAAUUAGUCAGUCUGUUGACCCUGUAGAUAACAAUAUAAGAUUUUCUCAGGUGAAAAAUAUAAAAAACGGUGGAAUACUGAUCAAAUGUGAUGGUUCGGAUGAUGCCAAUAAACUGCCGAUUAUGAGGUGA